GCACUAAUACUAUUGCUCGUUGAGGACUUAAUAAUUAUACGUAAUUUGUGUCAUCUGCUUGCGUACAUUUACCUUAAGCUGGUUGUACAACCACGACAACAUCGUAGAGUAAGACGCCGGCUUACACGAGCAUCCUAUAGUAUGUCAAACCGUCUUCUGUCUCAGAUUGAGCAUAUGAAAGUGCUAGUAGAAAUUAGUGACAGAACAUGCAUUGAACAACGUCGCAUGGAUCGAAGCACCUUUGGGCAUCUAUGGUACUUGUUGGAACAUAUUGGUAGCCUGCGGAACACUAGAGAUAUUCAAAUAAGUGAAGAAGUAGCAAUUUUCCUUAGUGUGCUAGCUCACCAUAAAAGAAAUAAAUUUUUCCACAAUGUAGCGGUCCUGCGCUUGCACCCUAUCCUCCUUGCCGAAAGUACCCCUGUAACCGACUCAUGCACAGAUUGGAGAUGGAGAUGGUUUAAGGCCAACGGACAACGUCGAACAUGGAAUGUGGACGAGGAAAGUGCAUUAAUUCAAGGUCUGCGCGAUCUUGUCUCGCGCGGCUGGAAAUGCGACAACGGAUUUCGCUCAGAGUACACCAACAUAUUAGAGCAACAUAUGGCCCAGUGUUUCCCAGGUACUACCAUACGAGCUGAACCACACAUAUCAUCAAAGAUUACGGUUUGGAAAAAGACUUAUGGUUUAAUAUUGGGAAUGGUUGGAACUUCAGGGUUCGAAUGGAGUGAAACGGGAAACAUGAUUGUUGUGAAGGAAGAUGCCGUUUGGCAAUCCUACAUCAAGACAAAUCCAAAGACCGGGCUACGGGAGAAGGGGCAUACUGACGCGGUUAAUGGAGUGUUGCAUGAACCAAGCGUCCAUGCACCUAGCCCUAUCCCAACUCAAGACUUAUUCCCGGAACAUUGUGAGCACCCCGACACCAAUAUGGACUCUUUUUCGGCCCAAGCGGGUGAGAGUAGUACAUCCAGUAAGUCCAAGCGUCACGGAAAAAGAAAGCGUAAUCCAAAGGUGGAGGAUAAAAUAAUUGGCCUAAUUUCAUCUGUUUGCGAGGAGACGAAUAAGCGUCUUUCUGAAUUGUCAUCACGAUUUACAAACCAAGGUGAUGCUAAGGAGCAAAGAAUUGCCGUUUACAAACCAAGA